AUGUUCGUCUCUGUCCGGGACCUGGACUUGGCAGGCCAUUACCAGUCCGGCCACCCUCAGACCCCUCCAGGCCUGAAUCCGUCCCCCGUUUCUUGUGAGGCGCGAUUAAACGCGGAACCUGGAUCGGUGUUUAACGGUCGCGUUGCGAGCCCCACGCAGCAUUCCGGUCGUGACCGGGAGUGGAACCACGGUCGAGACGUUUCACCGGUCGGUAACGAGCGUAACUUAGCUAGCCGUUACUGGUACUACUCCUUUGGUUCCCCGUUACAUCUGCCCGCUCUGCGACCGUCGGUUCGCUGCUUACCGGGACCGUUACCGUUGAAUGGACCGACCGGGCGACUCAGAGUCCACGUCGGUGCUGCUGUGGGGUUGCACGGGUCGCUAAAAGCUGCAGACCCCUCUGCGUCCCAUUCUCUCUGGAAGACUUCCUGUCAUCAGCAGUCCUGUCUGAGUCUGGCUCCAGUGUCUGAGUCGGACAGCGGCUCAGCGACGACUCCUUCCUCGCGAUCGCAGAAGAUCGCACGAGCCAAGUGGGAGUUCCUGUUUGGAGGCCAGACGGAGGAGAGUCGCUGCAGUAAAGACGCCCCCUUCACAACGCCACCGACCAGUGGCUCGCCCAGCCCCACCCCUCCCUCCUCCCUCCAUCUGAAGCCAGCCAAUCAGAGGAGGGGGCGGAACAGUGAGGGUCAAAAGUUGUCGCAUCACGAAGUGCGGCAGAUCGAGGUGGAGCUGGUGACCCUUAACCCCCGAGGCGCAAACCCCAAGACGGGCAUCAUCCGCCGGACCAUUAAAUACUCUGAAACGGAUCUGGACGCUGUUCCGCUGCGCUGCUACAGGGAGACCGACCUGGACGAGGUGAUGCGGGCGGAGGCGGAGGCGGCAGAGGAAGCAGAGUCGGACUCGGCCUUCGGGAGUAAUCGCAGUGUCCUGGGAAACUCCAGUUUCAGCCCUGCUGACGCCUCCCCGAACGUUCGGACUGCUGGAGGGAAGGAGGGGAAUGAGGAGGAGGAGGAGGAGGAGGAAGAGGAAGAGGAGGAAGGAAUGGUGAGCUGGGCCAGUGUCAGGAUGCAGGGAGACAAACAGAGACAGAGAGCCGCUAAAGAGGAGGACGAGGUGCUCAGUCUGCUGCUGAAGGGGACGUUGGAGGCAUCGUCUGACACCCACGGUGGCCUCAAGUCUCCCAUCUCCGUCGGCAGCCCCCGGCGACCCUCCGACAGCAACCUGGACUCCUUUAGCCGCCAUUUUGAAAGCAUCAUGGAGUCUCACCGGGCCAAAGGCACCUCGUACAGCAGCCUGGACAGCGUCGACCUGCUGACCUCUGGAUCCACUUCUGUGUUCACCUUCGACCUGCCGACCCUCACCCCGGAGAUCCAGAGUCAGAUCUGUGACAGCGCCAAGCAGAUUAUUGAGCUGAGUUUCGCUCCGCUGGCCCGUCCGGACCCGGCCGCCCCCUCGGAGACGUCUCGCUCCGAAAUCACCCUCAGUGCCCCAGGGGCCGGUCUCCGAGGUGGCUCCAAAGACGACUCCGGCCCCCCGGUCCGGUCCAGGUCGGAGAAAGAUUCAAGCCGUCGCUCCAUCCUCAAAGAUGGCUUCCGAAAGGCCAGCUCAGCCCCCUCCCUACACAGCAACACCAGGGAGCGUCCGAUGAACCGCCCCCCUGAGCUGCUGUACCCCCAGGCCGACGUGGCGGAGCGCCUGGCGCUCGGCGGCAGCGACGAUGCGCUGGCAAACGGCACGAAGGCCGACCUGCAGGCCGCCAAACGUCUCGCCAAACGCCUCUACAACCUGGAUGGCUUCAGGAAGUCGGAUGUCGCCCGACACCUCAGCAAGAAUAAUGAGUUCAGUCAGAUGGUCGCGGAGGAAUAUCUCAGUAACUUUAACUUCACUGGUCUGACCAUCGACCAGGCGCUCAGGAUGUUUCUGGGACAGUUUGCUCUGAUGGGGGAAACUCAGGAGAGAGAGAGAGUCCUCGCUCAUUUCUCCAGGAGAUACAGACAGUGUAACCCAGAGAGUCUGAAUACUGAAGACAGCGUCCACACUCUGACCUGUGCCGUCAUGCUGCUGAACUCAGACCUUCAUGGAAACAACGUGGGGAAGAGGAUGUCCUGCAGUCAGUUCAUCUCCAACCUGGAAGGUCUCAACGAUGGAAAAGACUUCCCCAAAGAUCUGCUGAAGACUCUCUACAGCUCCAUCAAGAACGAGAAGCUGCAGUGGACCAUUGACGAGGAGGAGUUGAGGAAGUCGAUGUCGGAGCUGGCCGACGUCCGAACAGACUCCGCCUCCCACACCAUGAAACGACUGGGGAGUGGAGGAAACCCGCUGGUGGGCGUCGCCCAGCAGGCCGACGGCGAGCUCUACAAGAGCGGCUUCCUGGUCCGCAAAGCCCACGCCGACCCCGACGGAAAGAGAACGCCACGGGGUAAGAGGGGCUGGAAGUCUUUCUACGCCAUGCUGAAGGGUCUGGUGCUGUACCUGCAGAAGGACGAGUACCGCGCGGAGCGAGAGCUGACGGAGGAGGACGUGAAGAACGCCGUGUCCAUCCAUCACUCUCUGGCCAUGAGAGCGGCCGACUACAGCAAGAGGCCGAACGUCUUCUACCUGAGGACGGCCGACUGGAGGGUCUUCCUGUUCCAGGCUCCGAACGCUGAACAGAUGCAGUCGUGGAUCACGCGCAUCAACGUGGUGGCGGCCAUGUUUUCGGCGCCGCCGUUCCCGGCGGCCAUCGGCUCUCAGAAGAGAUUCAGCCGUCCUCUGCUGCCGGGAUCCAACACCAAGCUGUCCCAGGAGGAGCAGGUCAAAUCUCACGAGAACCGGUUCAGGGCGGUUUCCUCCGAGCUGGCUGACCUCACGGCCUCCACCCCGGACCGAAAGGUCAAAGGUCGUGAGUUGGAGGAGCAGAAACUAAGACGGGAGUACCUGGAAUUUGAGAAAACCCGUUACGGUACGUACGCCAUGCUGCUCAGAGCCAAGCUGUCGAGCGGAGACGAGGACCUGACGGCCUUCGAGUCUCGGCUGUUCGACGACGGCGGCCUGCAGAGGGCGCACUCCAGCCCCACGCUGCCGCAGGACGGCGCCGAAAAGGAGAAAACCCGCGGGACCAAGAUGUCAAAAAGCUUAAAGGUCACGUCCUCCUCGUCCUCCUCGUCCUCCUCGACCACCAAGACCAGCGGCAGCACCAGGGAGGGAAGCAAGAAGAAGAACGGGAACAGCCAGCGGCCGGAGCUGCAACAAAGCAGCAAACAGGAGGAGGCGCCGUAAGGCGGCGGCAAUCGGGUUCAUGCAAAGUGUGUAGCUGGAGACGGACAAGAAGCAUCAUGGGUAGCAGGCUGACAUCCUCCUUUAACCCUUUUCUGUUAAACCUCAGUCGGAUUCUGAUUGGCUGAGGGGAUUUUCCUCCAGAGCCGAGCUGAGACGUUCAAGGUCGGCGGGAGAGGAAACGCUCGUCACGGAGGAGGACGACCAAACUGACGAGUUUUACCACUAAGAAGGUUUGAGAAGUGAACCUGAACACCAUCACUCAGCUGUCGCGUUAUUUCUCCUCCAAACGUCGGCGUCCGCAGGUCAAACAGUCAAACAGCUGGUGAGUUUCAGAAUAAAAGCUUCCUUUCCCGUUCAAGCUUUCAUUUCAGGGACUUUCUGGAAACGUUUUUUGUGAAAACGACGCAGACGGAGCUUAAGCAUCAGUAAUCAUUUAGGCUCCGGCAGCAGCGUUCGACUCCAGGACCAGGACCCACCGGGGUCAGGUUUUGUUUGUAGGUACUUUUUAUUUUUCUCUCUCAGAGCGACAAACACUGACCUCCUGCAUCGCCAUCCUCCUGCUUCUCCUAGCAACUGACGGGGGAGCAGGUUGCCAUGCCGACCACAUGUGACAGCCAGAGUGCGUGGGACUGUUGCCGCAGUGACCAAGCAA